AAGAGAGAAAUCCUUUGAUAUUGACUAUUAGAUCACUUUUUACGUUGUUAUAGGGCACGGUGAAACCCAAUGAUCAUAUGAGAUGAUUAGCUGAGAAGAUAAUCUCUACAAGCCGAGUCUAUAACAGAACUCUUUGUACUACUACUAUACUUUAUCCUGUUCACUACAAACAUUAGUAUCUUGUUUUCUAGCUGCUCUUUGAUAUAUAUAUAUUAAGAGUGAUGUAAGCCUGUAUUCUUGAGCAGAAAUUACCAAUAAUGGCUUUUUGGACGUCUAAUCAAAAACAUGAUUUUAGAUGAAUUUUAACAUUUCAAACCUCUGGUCAAACCAAAGUGGUGCUUAAUAUCAACAAGCAUUGUAUUCUUCAUAAUGACAGUAGCCGCUUCAAACUCAUCUGGAACUAUGCGCCGCUAUCGUUUGUUAGGAACCCUCGAUAGACUUUUCAGAGCAUCAUCAAUUGAAAUUGGUAAUAUCAAUUACACUCUUCAAGCAUAUUGUCAAUGUACUUCCCAGGAUAAUAACAACUCAAACGGUAUUCUCAAGUAUGACUUCAAGGAGAUCAUGAGGUUUGAAGAACAAGAAGGUGCUUAUAUGAUGACAGAAUCCAGACAUUCAAGUAUGGGUAAUAAAACUUCAAAGUUCAAAAUAAUCAUGACCAAAGAAUUGUUGAAAGAGCUAUAUGAAAAACCCAACAGACCAGUGAAAUUAAUGAUCAUCUCUGAGAUUGAGACACCUGCAGAUGGAAUUUUGUUCAUUGAUAAUGAGUUGAAGUUUAGUUCAAGAUUUGUUAGACAAAUGAAUCAACAAACUGAAGAACAUGCAUAUGAAUUGAACAUUGAAGUAAGCACCUCAAAAUUAGAUAAUCCGAAAGGAUUGCUUCACCUUACUGAAUUCAAGAUUAGGAUUGUCUUUCCUUACUUUUUUUGUUGUAAAAUGUUCGGUGAUGUACUUUUAUUGGAAUUUGGAUUAAGAUAUGGAAUCUUUGCCAAACACAGAGAGCCAAUUCAUCCAAGAGGUGAUGAUUUCACUUGGUCUGAUGUUUUGAGACAUCAUUUGAACUCAUUUAUAUAUGUAUUAAUCAUGUUUGCAUUGUCUAUUAUCAGCUCAAAAUAUUUAUGA